CGAUCAGACAAAGGGAAAACAUAGAAACAUCCAACAGCUGAGCAAUCGCCCCAGAUUUUGCUUUCACUUCCUGAAAACGAGUCUUAGAAUUCAGCAGAAUAGCUUUUGGAUUUGGAUCAAUGGAUUCUUCGAACCUAGGUUCACUCCCAGAAGAGGGUUCGGAAGAAGAACCGCAACCAACCCAAACUAAACCCGCCUCUGCCUUCUCCUCCAUUCCUCAUCGCCCUGCAUCUCAUAGGACUUCUCUACAGAAGUACGCUCCUUUGGAGUGGUCGGCUUAUUUUGAUCAAGAGGAUGAUGUUUGCAUUCCUGACUCGAAUGAUGUAUUUCACGUGUAUAUGGCAGGAACAGAAGGGCCAGUUGUCUUUUGUCUACAUGGAGGUGGUUAUUCUGGGCUUUCUUUCGCACUGGCAGCAAGUAAAAUUAAGGAGAAAGCUCGGGUAGUAGCUAUGGAUUUGAGAGGACAUGGGAAGUCAUCCACUGAAAAUGAGCUAGACCUAUCAAUUGAGACCCUUUGCAAUGAUGUUUUAGCUGUUUUGAAGAAAAUGUAUGGAGAUUCUCCUCCUGCAAUUGUGCUUGUUGGCCACAGCAUGGGAGGUUCAGUUGCUGUCCAUCUUGCUGCAAAGAAAGUACUGUCUAGCUUGUGUGGAUUGGUGGUUGUGGAUGUUGUAGAGGGAACGGCGAUGGCUUCCUUGAUUCAUAUGCAGAAAAUCCUCUCAAGCAGGAUGCAGCAUUUUUCAACCCUUGAAAAAGCGAUUGAAUGGAGUGUUAAAGGAGGCUCUUUAAGAAACAUUGAGUCUGCCCGUGUAUCUAUCCCCAGCACAUUAAAGUAUGAUGAUUCAAAGGAAUGUUACACUUACCGAACAAGGCUGGAAAAGACAGAAGAAUAUUGGAGAGGCUGGUAUGAAGGCCUUUCUGACAAAUUUCUGUCUUCUCCCAUUCCAAAGCUCCUACUGUUAGCUGGAACAGACAGACUGGACAGAUCCCUCACAAUAGGUCAAAUGCAAGGAAAAUUUCAAAUGGUGGUUGUCAGACACUCGGGGCAUGCUAUACAGGAAGAUGAACCUGAUGAAUUUGCUAAUCUCAUAGUUAAUUUUAUUUCUCGCAAUCGAAUUGGCCCUAAAGGUGUUGAGAUACCUGGACUCCUUAGAGCAUCAAAGCCUCAAUCUUAAAGUCCAUGUUGGAGAACUCAAGGAUUACAGCCCCACCACGGUGACUAACAAAUUUCAUAACCCAUCUCUCUAGUGUUUGUAUGCAAUGGAUUGUUCUUCUUCUACUACUACAGCUGUAUUUGACAGAUUCCUUUCAGAAUUUCUAAAUUUUGGAGCUACAUCAUAUAUGUCCAAGCUUUAUCAAUAUUUUACCCCUUUUGUUUUCUAGAUUAGUAAA